AUGUUUGCUGUUAGAGAAUGGUUCAGGUUCCUAAAGACGAGAGAAGGGCCUAUUUCAAGAGCACAACCCGAAUUUACGCUCACUGCAGUUCUUCUUGGUCUCGCUAUUGGAUGCCUGAUAUGCUUCACGAAUCUGAGCUUGGGUUUGCAGUCAGGAUGGAUCUCAAUGAUGUCCAUUCAAUCUGCUCUCAUUGGCUUUCUCAUCUCAAGGAUGCUUCCAACGCCCCUUACGCCCCAAGAGAUUAUUGUUGUGCAAACAACUGCGGUCGCAACAGGAACUAUGCCCCUCGCGGCAGGCUUCGUUGGUAUCUUACCAGCUUUGACGCUUCUCAAUGAAGACCGUGAUGGCUCGCCUCCCAUUCGCCUUACUUGGCUUGCUGCUGUUGGCUGGUCGUGUUCAGUAGCUUUCUUUGGUGUCUUCCUUUCACCCCCGAUACGUAAACAGGUGAUUAUAGAGGAACAACUACCGUUUCCAUCUGGAACAGCAACUGCUCAUCUUAUCUCUGUCUUGCACCAAUUACCUCCUCCGGACACUACAGUGCGACGUAGAAACGGCUACCGUCAAAUAGAUCAAGAGGAGGAAGAUACUCGUACUGAGGCCGCUACGACUGACGUUGUGGUCGAAGGAGAUGCAAACGAUGCAACCGAGCGUGACGUCAUUGAACACGAAGGUUGGCACGACCUCAUAUGGAGCUUUGCUGGUUCUGGGGCAUUGACAUUGUCUGCGUACUUUUUCCCUGUGUUAUUCACCAUCCCCUUGUUCGGGAGUUACCUUGCCAAAGAGUGGUUGUGGUUUUUCACUCCCAGUCUCUCGUACAUUGGGCAAGGCAUUAUAAUGGGCUUCCCAACGACGUUGAGCAUGAAUCUGGGUAUGUUUGCGGGGUGGGCUAUUCUCUCCCCAUUUUCCAAAUUGUCUGGUUGGGCCCCGGGGCCUGUUGGAGACAUGUCUUCAGGUGCGCGGGGUUGGAUCCUCUGGGUCUCUCUCGGCAUAUUGUGUGCCGACAGUCUUGUAUCUCUUCUUCCUGUCGCCUUCGAAUAUAUUGCGGAGGCCUUGCAACCUUGGCGACAAGGAUAUUCAGUGACCUCGACCAACGCUUUUGACUCGUCCAAACAUCCCCAUGAGACGGAAACCGAAGACAGACUCGUUCCUACUCAAUGGGUCGUCGUUGGCUUGCUACUCAGCGUGGUGGUUGGAACUGUUCUUGUCUGGAUCGUGUUUGGCGACGAGGGCAUCAAACCUUGGGCCACCCUUCUGGGCUUUAUCCUCGGAGGAAUGUUGAGCAUCAUCGGAGUCCGUGCACUUGGAGAAACAGAUCUCAAUCCUGUAUCUGGACUGGGGAAGAUAUCCCAGCUCUUCUUUGCCUGGAUACAACCGGGCAACAUUGUUGCAAACAUCAUUGCUGGUGGAGUCGCGGAAGCUGGAGCCCAACAAGCUGGGGAUCUCAUGCAAGAUUUGAAAACAGGUCACCUAUGCCGCGCCUCACCUCGAGCCCAGUUCUACGGCCAACUCAUUGGCUCUUCGGUCUCGAUAAUUGUUACUACAACGGCAAAUACCUUGUACAACCGCGCAUAUGCGAUUCCGGGCCCUUCAUUCCCCGCUCCCACGGCCUAUGUCUGGUUGAGCCUCGCCAGGUUGCUCCGAGGCGGACAAUUGCCCGAGAACAGUGCAAGCUUCAUGGCCGCGUUUUCCUUGUUAUUUGCUUUGCUCUCAGCUCUCAAGACAUAUUCUGCGAAGAGAAGCAGCUGGGUUGCCGCUUGGAUUCCUUCUGGGGUUGCCUUCGCGAUUGGCUUUCUUAACACCCCUUCGUUUUCCAUUGCCCGACUAAUUGGUGGAGUGGCAGAAUAUGUCUAUCGAACGCGGUUUGCAAAGAGUGGGGGCGACAUCCGUUUGAUCGUUAUUGCGAGUGGGUUCGUUUUGGGUGAAGGUGUUGUCAGCAUUGUAUCCUUGGUGUUACGGACUGUUGGUGUCGGUGUUGUGAGUUGCUUUGGGUGUGGGCAUGGACUAUGCGGAGGGUGCCCUUCUACAUUAUAG